CUAGCUCGUUUAUGUUGGCUGCGCACCUUGUGUCGAUAGUAAAGAGAAUUCUGGGUAGAAUAACGUGUGUCGUGUUGCCCGUUACUGUGAAAUAUCGACACCCAAAAAUAUCAUUUAAAUAAGUCGAACUAUGCGAUCGAAAAACGGAGUGAACUGAUUUUAAACGUGUUAUUAUCAUCAUUAUUUAACGGAUUCAUUUAUUUGCUUAAUUAACUGCGAUAAAUUUUCUGAAAUAAGAUAUUAUUUGUAGCACCUAGCCGACAUCGUUGAUAAUUCUUGUGAAAUCAUUUUCUCACCUAGUACACCUGCAUCAAUCCUCUGCAUCUAUCGAAGGAGCGUUUUGAUCCGCAUUGUGAUCAAUCAUGAUCAACCUUACGGUGAAGACUUUAGAUUCGCAGAAUCAUGCAUUCUCUUUGGAAGACGACCAAAUUACAGUUCGUAGAUUUAAAGAACAUAUAGCAGAGUCUGUAGCUGUGCCAGCUGAUUCACAGAGACUUAUUUAUUGUGGAAGAGUUCUUCAAGAUGAUAAAAAAUUAAAUGACUAUGACGUAAAUGGUAAAGUUAUACAUUUGGUGCAAAGUGCACCUCCUCAACCUGGGCAAAGAAACAAUGAUAGUGGGCAAAGUCAAGGACAACAAAAUCAAGGAUGGCAAAAUCAACAGAGACCACACUAUCGUUUCAGUCAUGCUCAAAUGCAUGGAAAUGCUAUGUAUUUAGGUGCUAUGUCUGUACCAGCUGAAAUUGUUGAAGGACAUGGGUUACCAGUGCCACAAUUAAGUAACAGUCUAUCGAAUAGUCGUUUAAUAGUUGCUAAACGUAUGCUCAAUCGUGCAAAUGAAUUGAUGGACCGUCUUGACGAUCCUUCAGCACCCCUACAUCCUAGUACAUCGGAAAAUAAUCAAUCUCCAUUACCGCAACAAAUACAAGUACAAGAUAUAGAAACAGACCAGGAAGAUAUUUUCAGAAUCGCAGAAGGUCGACAGUCAACUGGAACUAGACUUUCGGAAGCUGUAGCAGCUGCAUUAGGAGUCGCAAUCUCUGCAUCAGGUGCCAGCAAUGUUACCUUAUUAAGAGGAAGCAAUGAUGAUGCGAAUGAAGGAAGAACUACUAGUAAUGAGGCGCAAGAAGAUGCUGAAAUGGAGUCGUCUGCACAAUCACAAAGUGAGCAACAGGGAACAUCAAAUGCAAGUGGACAAAAUAGCAGACGACCACCUACUCAAUUGCCACGACCUCCACAAAUGGGAUACUUAUUAGACAGAUUAUUGAGUACUCAAGAUCGUUUAAGACCAUACAUCGAACGCUACCGUGUACUUAUGUUGGCUGAUCCAUCAUUGCCUCCAGGACCUGGAACGCCAGAAGUCGUUGAAGAAACUCAAAGAAUGGUGGAUGGUGUUAGUGAAUGUUUACAUUACUUGUCUCAUUCCUGCCAUGCUUUAAGUGACAUAAUUGUUGAUAUGAGACAGCAACCACCUAGAAAUUUACGAUGUCGACCUAUUAUCAUACAACAUUCUGCUAUUCUGCAAGCUGGUGUACCGAUCCAGGUAGAGGCUCAUAUUAGUUUACAUGGUCGCAAUGCAAACAAUAAUAACGGUAAUGAAGAAACCACUGAAUCUACAAAUGCCGCCCAACAACCGUCAGAUAUUGUUGUAGCUUCGGGAUCGAUCGAAGUUACAACAGAGGAUAAUAAUCAGCCACAAGAAUCUAGUAGUACACCACCUUCUCAACCAUCGGAACAACAGCGACCGCAAGAACCACCGCAAUCGCAAUUUGUGUUUGAUUUGUCAAACAACGUUGAAGUAUUGAUGGAAGUCAGUCCUGAUAGUAAUAUGGAAGCUUCUUCAGGAAACGAACCAAAUCAAUCUGGUGAAAACAAUAAUAAUAAUAACGCUGGAAGAAGCAGUGGAAAUACUGCUGGCAUAUUUCCUUGGGGUUCUGCUCCCACGCCAGAUUUUCUACGCAAUUUAAUGCAAGCAGUUGCUGGUCAUAUGGCGCAAGGUGGUAUCGCUACGGUUCCAUUAACAACACGCACCACAGCUACUACUGCAGGAGGAACCCAGCAAACGGUUGCUGCAACAAUGGAUAGUACAUCUACUAAUGCUGCACAGAGCACGCAAGCUCGAAGUAAUGUAGGAACUCAUCCAACUACCGCAACUCAAACUCGUAGUACUUCACGUCCUCAUGUUUUCCAUCAACAUCAUGCACAUCCGCUUGGUGUUGGAAUGAGCAUGGGUCAAGGACUCGAAUUUGAUCCAUUUCUUCCCUGCAAUUCACAUCAUGUACGUCGUACACCGACUAGUACACCAAAUGUUACAGUCAAUUCACAAUCUACCAGAGCCAGUCAAACGCCUGCACAAGAAACUCAACCUCAGGCACAAACAGCAAGUACGUCUACAGCAAGUAGUACUGCUAGUUCUACCAGCACAGCUUCGCCGACUUCUAGCCAAAAUACUACACCUAAUCCUAUAAUUAAUUUCUUACGUCAAAUAGUAGGAGACACAAGCGGACAACAACAAACUAAUAUAAACGUUAACAGCAGCCAUAGUGACCCUGACUUAGCGGAAAAUAUCGGAAAUUUGAUGGAAAUGGUUGGUAAUGGAAACAUUCAUAUAGGAAUCGUGGGAGAUGGGGGAGGUACUAAUUUAGUUGGUGGAAAUGUAACCCUUGCAAAUUUAUUAGAAAUUAACGAUGCACAAUCUCGUGAGAAUAUUACGGAAGAAAAUUUACUCGCUGAACUAGCUUUGAUUUUUGCACGUUACAUGACUGUAGAAGAUGUCGUUCGACUAAGACUCGGAAGAUCAGAACCAAUUGCUAGGCUUCGAGUACCAUUGAGAUUUUUGUGUUGUGUAAUAAUGAAUAAUUCAACUGGAUCUGAAGAACGAGACCAAGUAGUGGAACGUUUAAUUUUACACUACAGACCACAUCUCCAGCAACUUUUAGAAAGGGCGGAGGAUAGUACUGGCAGAAGUGGUUCUACCGUAGACCUUUGCGCUACGAUCGAAUCAAUAUUGUCACGGUAUUGCAAGGAAAUGUUAAGACUCCUAUUCGAUCCGAAUAUUGAUGACAGUAGAUUCGGAUAUGAAAUAUUAAUAAUCGUAAAGACUAUGGGAAGUUUAUUGUGCACUGUGCUUCGAUAUUCUCUUCGCGGAGGACAAGCAGGUUUAGAGUCGGUUGUAGGCCGUUUUAUGUUCCGUAUGGUUAAUGCCGUUAAUCCCACAUUUCGGGAAUGGAUGUUAAGUAGUUUUAUUCUUCACUUCCGCACUUACUCAUUACGUAUUCCACAACCACCGGAUUCCGAAAUUCUUCCACUUCUCAUAUAUAAAGAUACUGCACAAACAACGUCGGGAUCUUCAACGGUAUCGCACGAAUCGACAUGUUCAACGCAAGAACAGUCACAGCAGCAACAACAGCAAUCGCAAUCGCAAUCGCAACCGCAACCACAACAACCGCAGCAACAACAAUCGCAACACGAGCCAAUGGAAACAGAAACUAUGGAAGAAAAGUCUAAUAAUGAAGCUUCUGUACCCGAUGAAGGGGAAGAUAUUCCAGAAACAUUUCCAGGACAUGAGUCGUUACCUUCGGAAUGGAUACCUAUAAUUGCACGCGAUGGAGUAAGACAACGACGACAAUUACAGAUGCAAGGAAUGGCGAAUAGUGCUGUAACAACUUUCAGUGAUGCAUACAUAGGUAGUUUACCAACAAAACGGCGCAAACUUAUCGAACAACAAAAGCCACGAUUAUUAGUCAGUCCAACUCCUAAUCACUCAGCCAUAACGGCAUCAGUAGAGCGUUUAGUUCGAGAAGGUGUUAGUCGUGCAGGAAUCGAGGAAGUUGAAGGGGCCGCCGUUGCCGUAGCAACAGAUCCUGGAGUUAGACAUGCCUUUGGUCAGGCAAUAAGGGACUGCUUAAAUCCACGUAGAUACGGUACUCCGGAUUUCCCUGAUCCAUUACGUUUUCCAAACGCAACUAAAUAUUUUUCAGAUCAAGAAAGGUCAUCAAAGUAAUGAAAAAGAAGAUAAAAUCUAAACAAUAAAGAAACGACAAAAAAAUUGCAUAUGGCCUGCGUUUGUGACUUAGAGUAUCUAGGAGGACUUAGGUAGCAUAAUCAAUGAUCAUAAAGAAACAAAAAACCUUUAAUAAUGCAUUGUAUUCGCGAUCUAUUGUCACGCUACUAUUAUCUUUAACCUGAUCAUAAUUAAGACAAAGAUUCGUGUAUAAUAUCUCAUUUUACUUGAAAUUAUAAAGGUGUUUUAAUAUACAUAUAUAAACAUAUAUAUAUGUGUAUAUUAUAUAUUACCUGGUAUUUUACCAAGAGGUUUUUUUUUUUUAUCUCAAAACACUUUUUUUUAAUAUUAUUAUACAAGUGUAUAAAGCGCUUCAACGCUUUGUAAAUAUGUUUAAACAUUGCUACAUUCAACGUAUGUAUUUGUGCGAUAUUAAGCAAAGAAAAAAGGAAGAGUUUACAAUCUAUUUGCUACCGGUCGCUCUACCUUUAUACUCUAAACAUUAGGAUGAGAUCAUCUUAUAUAAACGUAUCGAUAUUAUCAUCAGUACAUUUUUAAUAGUGAAAUGACUUUCGCUAGAAAUAUUGUUAUUACGGCAAAAUUCAAGUUAUUAUCGAUUAGAUUUAAAUGAUUACAGUUGUAGCAAAUUCAUCGGAUGUACUAAUUAUUACUAAUUAUAUUAUUAUCACAAUAC